AUGUUUCUCAGUCUCCUUUACUAUUAUCUGAUCGAUCAUUCUAGCUUUUAUAGUCCAACUUCGAAGUUAUUAUUUGAUGUUUUUUCUCAAAUGUUGAGUGCGCUUCUUAAGAUGUGUUUUUGUGUUCCAAAAUUAACUGAAAAGGAAGCAAAAUUCAUUGACGAACUCUUGAAAGCAAAAGAUGUUGAUGACGUUCUAGUGAUAGCAGAAGUGGAAAAAACCUUCUAA